CUUCCUCACAUUUUUUUUUGUGAUUGUGUUCAUUCGUUCCCCUGAAUACAAUUAUUUUAAAAUGGCAGCGGCUGCCGUGGACGUCUACACGGCGCUCGAACUGCCACGCGAAGCCUACCAUGGCCUGCGAGCGAGCGAUCCUGCACUCGACGCGGUGCUGCACGCCGCAGAGUCCUUUGUACUCAAGGCGCACGCCUGGCGCGACGCCCUCGAGGCGACCAAGGCCGAGCGCGACAUUGCUGCGAUCAAUGCUGAGCAACAAUUCCAUGCGCUGGAACGAAAGCUCGUCGAAACGCAGAGCGAGCUGCGCGCAAUGGCAGACCAGCAAGACCGGCUCAAGCAGACCAUUGCCGAGCGUGACGCCAGCAUCGCAAAGGCUUCCGCAGACCUGCAACGCGCUCAUGCAGCUCUGGAGGAGGCACAGACAGUAUCACGCCGACUGACCACCGCCAACGAGGCGCUCGGGCUCGAAAAGAUGGAGCUGGCCGACUUGGUCACACGUCGUGUCGCCGACAUUGACCAGUUGAAUGAGUCAGCAGUCACUGCCAACCGUCGUAUUGCCGAGUUUACAACGUCGCAAACCGAACUGCGUGUCAAGAACGAGCAACUUCAAAACGAAGCCGUGACCAGCAAGUUCCGCGAAAGCCGCCUGGAGCAAGAGCGAGACAUGUUGCAGCAGCAAAUCAACUGGCUCAACGAGGAGCUCGCAGCGAAUGCGCGCGAGCUUGCCUCGACGCGCGAGUCGCUGACGGAAAAGUUUUCGACAGUGUCGAGCGAGUGGACACAGUGCAAGCUCGAUUUGCGCACGGCCACGUCCACCAACGAGAUUCUCACCAAGCGCCUCGCUGACGUGGAGCGCACGUCUGACGGCUACGCGCAGCAGCUGGCCCAGGCACAGCAAACGCUGCAAGUCGAAACCGAUCAGUUCCGCCAGGAGGUUAUCGGCAAGACGCGGUUGGUUGACCUGUACAAGAGCAAGCUCGAUGAGAUGGAGACCAAGUCGGCCCAGCUGGCUUCGACCGUGGACGAGCUGUAUCGUCACGUCAACGAGCUGAAGGUCGAGCACUCGGCCACCCUCGAACGCAUGCAGCAUGAGGCGUCCGACUCUCUCAGCCUGCAGGCAUCCAAGGUGGCUGAGCUCGAAAAGGAGCUUCGCCACGCCAACGAGCUGCUCCACGGCGGCCAAAGUGGCGGAGCAGGAGACUCUGACUCGGCGUCCGACGCUCGCCUGCCUCUGAAUGUCUCUGACGCGCUCAGCGUGCUUUCGCCCACAGCGUCGAUUGCCAGCCAGCUUUUGAAGAAGGGCAAGUCCAUCACUGAAAUGUACUCAAUGUACGUGCAGACUGCCGAGCAGCUGCACGAGGCGCAGGACGAAAACACGCGCCUGAACGCUUACCUACAGGAUAUUCUGCAAGAAAUGGAAAAGAAAGCGCCCAUUCUGCAGCAGCAACGCACCGAGUACGAGCACGCCGUCCAAUCUUGCGCGCGUCUCACUGAGCGACUCGACCGCGCCAUGCACCAAACUUCCAGUCUGGACGACGAAGCCCGCACCCUGCGCUCGCAAGCAGCGCACGCUUCACGCGAGCGCGUGCGCUACGAGACCCUUGUCCAGGAUUUGGCGCGUCAGGUGCAGGCGCUCAUCCGGGCCAACACUGAGCUGCAAGGCCGCACCGUCGUCGAGUCUGGCGACCAGCAGAUGGACGAGUCACUCGCCAGCGCCGACGAUGUCAUUUCGGCGCGUGUCGUCGAGUUCCGCUCGAUCGAACAGCUACAGCAGCGCAACCAAGAGCUGCUCACGCUCGUUCGUCAGCUCGGCCAGCAGCGCGAAGCUUCCGAGCAGGAGGCUGUCAACGACCGCAUCACCCAUCUCAGCGAAGAGAACGAGCGCUUGCAAGCUGAGCUGGACCAGCUGCAGAUUGCACGCGACCACGAGCGCCAAACGCUGGACAAUGUUGCCCGACACCGCGAUACCUGGCGCGUGCUCUACGAGCGAGCGCACAACGCAAGCGCUGCACCUGGAUCCUCCGAUCAGUCUGCAUUGCUCAACAUUUCGAUUGACGAAGGCGUGCGACCCACGUCCCAGAUGUUGGCGCUUACCGGUUCUCAGCCAUCGGCGCAAUCCCAGCAGCAGCAGCAGCAGCAUCAUCAUCAACCACCGCAGCAACAACCGCAGCACCAGCAACAGUCAUUGCAGGCUGGAUCCUCUUCCUCGGACUCCUUCCAAGCCGAAUUGUCCCAGCGCCAACACCAGCAACUGCAAGCCCAAUUCAACGAAAAUGUGCGGUUGCUGCAGGAGCUGCAGCAAGAGUUUGACAUUUACCGAAAGGAAAAGUCGGUCAACGACGGCAUGUUUAACGAUGAGAUUGCGCGACUGCGCAAGGAGGCCGAUGACGCGCGCGCGCAGUGCCAGCGUGCCGAGCUGCAGGCGCAGUUCUUGAACGAGCGCAUCACCCGUCACGAAUCCGCGCUCGAGGUGGCUCGCAACGAGGCAGAGACAUCCCGUCGCCGAAUUGCCGAGUCGUCUGCUUCGGUAGUUGAGCACCAGCGCACGCUGGACAAGGCCAUGACCGAAACGCAAGCGCUCCGCCAAGAGCUGAAGCACGCCGAGGUUCAGCUCGCCAACGCCCGUGCCGAGCGCCAGCUCUUCCAAGACUCUGAGCAGCGCGCCAUCAAGGACAAUGCCGAACUUCGCCAGGAGAAGGCGCGCCAGAACGAGCUCAUCACAAGCUUGCAGUCCCUGCACGAGAGCUUGGAGCUGCGCGAGGCCGAUGCUCGUCGCAAAGCGAACGUCCACAUCGAGUCGCUCGAGAAGGAGAUUGCGCUUGCACGUCGUCGACUCGAGCAGGAAGGCCAAAACGCCUCGCUCGCUCGGGCAGCCCACGACUCUCAGUGCAAGGAGCUCCGCGACUCUUUGGAGGCGGCUGGCCGUGCCCACCAACACACCAAGGAGGAGCUGGCGGCGGCGAAUGCAUCGGUGCAGGGCUUGCACGCGCAAAUUGCACAAUUCAAGCUGCAGUUGGAGGCCAGCGAAGGCCGUCUGAGCAUGAUUCUGAGCCGCACGCCACGUCUCGGGGCCGCCCUCGCUUCGACCACUGCCGGUGUUGCAGCAGCUGCAGCAGCAACUGGUGGCUCGCUUGUCGCUGGCGGAGACGGCAUCGCUACGGAUGUCGCUAUGGCUGAGGCACAGGAGCUGCACAACCGAAUCAGCACGCUUGACGCCGAGAACAAGGCCCUGUCUGAGCGUGUCGCUGAAAGCCGCACCCACGUCGAGCAGUACAAGGCCAUCGCUGCGGCCAACGAGGAGGCAUUGCGCGAUCUCAACCAGCUGCAUGAGACGUACAAGCAGUCGUCGGAGGCUGCGCUGGCCGCCUCCCAAAAGCAGAUUGAGAGCUACACUGCUCAAAUUGCCGACCUCGAGCGCACACAGCUCGAAAGCGCCAGCGAGGCCGUCGCCUUGCACGAGAGCGCGGACCGAGCCUUGAAGGAAGCGCAAAAGGAGCUGGACACGGUGCGUGCCAAGCUUGACGUUGCCAUGCUCAGCGUCCAAGACAACGAAUCCCGCGAGGCCGCUCUUCGCGCGGACAUUAAAACCCAAGAAAAGCGCACCCUGGAGGCGUUGUCAAACUACGAGCGCGAGGUGGUGCUGCACGCCAGCAGCGUCAAUGCGCUGUCCGGCGCGAAGGCUAGGAUUGCCGACCUCGAGGCAGUUCUCAGCACAGCCGAAUCGAACGCAGUGACGGCACAAGAAACGCUCCGCGUGAGCAUGGUCUCUUGGGAGGAGCAAAAGCAACGGCUGCUGGCCGACCAAGAGGCGCUCAAGGAGCGUCGCGACGAACUCGCCAACCAGAACGCGCUCUUGCACUCUCAGCUUGAUGUGGUCACUGCCCAAGCUCUGCGCGCACAGCAGGCUGGUCCCAUCCAGUCGUCCACUCUGUUCUCCAUGCCCGAGCGCCAGCAAGGCGAAGAGCCUUCCGCUGCUGCGUCCGCCGAGCUUGCCUCCUCGCCUGCACGCGACGCCGAGCGAAGCGUGGAAGAGCUGCGCGAGAUUGUUCGCUUCUUGCGCCGCGAAAAGGACAUUUCGACGUGCCAGCACGAGCUUGCGCAGCAGGAGGCGACACGCAACCGGCAGCAGUACAUGCAUGCUCAGCGCACGCUUGACGAAUGCCGCGCCCAGCUGACCGAAGAGCGGCGCCGCGCUCAAGAGCACGCCGAAAGCGCCGUUCAACGCGCCGAGCUGCUCGAAAAGAUCAACCACAACAAUCUGCUUCGCGAGAGCAACGUCAAGUUGCGCGAAGACGCAGAGCGUGAGACGAGACGCGCCAGCGAGUUGGAGGUUCGCGUUCGCACCCUGGAGUCUCAGGUUGGCCCGCUGCAAGAACAGGAGCGGCAACUCAAGGCCGACAUUGAACGUCUCGAAGCGGAGAAGAUUGCCCUUGAGAACGACAUUACGCGCUGGAAGACCCGCGUCCAAGGCCUCAUUGACAAGUAUUCGCGCAUCGACCCCGAUGAGCACUUGCGUCUCGAGCAGGAGGUGGUUGCUGCUCGAAGCGAAGUCGAGCAGCUGCGCACCGCCGCGGCUGCUCAGCUCGAAGAGGUUACCACGACCCAGCAACAGCUCGCCACGGUCAGCGCCGAGUUGGCACAGCUCCAAGCCAAGCACGCUCAAGACGCUGAAGCUGCAGCUGCCCAAUCUGCCGAGCUGGACAAGGUCAAGGAGAAUCUCGAGCGGACACGCAAGAAUGGACUUGCCUUCAAGAAUGCGCUCGAGAAACUCAAAGCUGAGAACGCAGCGCGCGCUGCGACGGACGCGGUUCCUGGCCUGACCCAGCAAGUUACUGAGCUGACUGAAAAGGUCACCGCUCUGACAGAGCAGCUCGCAGCUGUGACUGCCGAGCGCGACGGCCUCAGCAAACAAAUGCAACAAGGCACGUUGAUGCUCAAGCAGUAUCGCGAAAAGCUUCAGCGCACGUCCCAAGAGCUAGAGGCAGCCAAGGCCGCGCAGGCACAGGUGUCCGAGGCGGAUGCCGAGCUUCAAAAGUCAAAGGCCGAGCUGGAAGAGGUGAAGCGUCAGAACACGCUCAAGAUUUCGCUAUUGCAGUCCAAGAAUGAGCAACUCAAAGCGACUGUGGCCGAGCUCACUGCCCAGCGAGCUGCCAGCAGCAGCAGCAGCAGCAGCAGCAGCAGCAGCAGCAGCGCGCAACAGCAAGCGCCUGCAGCAGCCGUUGUUGCUGCUGCACCGGUUCCCGCAGCAGCUCGUCCUGUUGUGCCCGCAACGAGCGCUGCCCCUGUCGCUCCCGCGCCUGUGGAGCCCGAGACUCGAGCAAAGCGUGCUCGCGAAGAGGAUGUCGAGGUUGCUGCUGCACCAUCGAGCGAAAUUCAGCAGCCCGCCGCUCUUGAGGUUGUCGAGGCUCCUGCCAACCCCCCGGAGGAAUCGCACACCGUGAAGCGAGCGCGUGUGGACGAACCGACCACGGAGGCAGCACCAGAAGAAGAGGCCGAAGAUGUUUCGGCGGCCACUCCCAUGGAUGCGCCUGCCGUCAAUGUCGAGUCCGCCCAGCCACCGAUCGACGACUCUGCCGUCGCGAUGGAAGGCGAGGAGCAGCCUUACACCGAGGAAUCCGAGCAACUGGCGCAGGACGAGCAGGCUGGCGAAAUGGUCGGCGAGGAGCAAGCUGCAGAGGCAGGCGCGGAAGCUGAAGAACAAGGCGAUGCCGCCGAGGGGGCGGAGUACAUGGACACUGAGGCCGGCGCGGAUGAAGCCGAGGGCGAGGCCGAAAUGCACGAGGAUGACGGCACUGGUGCUCCUCAAGAGACUGAGGAGCAGCCAAUCGCCGAGGACUCUGAGGUUCCACCUCAAGAAGACGAGGAAGCCGUGGAAGCACCAGCAGAGGAAGGACUUGCUGCGGCGGAAGCCGAACCAAGCGAGCCAGCCUCAACGACAGAGAAUGUCGCACUCGACUACGACGACCCGAUGGCCACGUUCGACUCGUACGGUAGCCCGGCCAUCGGCAAUCUUCACGACCUCGGCGAAGCCGAGUCGAUCGAAGCUUCGAGUGUGGAUGCUGCUGCUGCUGCUGCUGCUGAACCGACGGAGGAUGCUGCUGUUGAGACUGGCGCCGGCGAAGCGGCUGCCGAGCAGGCGACUCCAACCCCAGCUGUUGUCCCAGCAGCACAGGCAGCUCCCGCAGCUGUUCCCGCCGGAGCUGCUCCAGUCCGUCCGCUAACAGGUGUUCAAGCCACUGGCGCACCUGGUGCAGCUCGCCGUAUCAUCUCGUUGUCGGGUGUGACAACUCCAGUUGCUGCUGCUCCUGUCGGUGCUGCUGCUGCGGCUCCCGCGCGACCGGCCGCUGCCGCGAUUUUCCACGGCUUCGGCCCAGCUAGCAGCACUCCGUUGAUGGACGUUCUCAUGGGCCAAGGCGGUUCUACCGUCCGACACGGAGGUCCGAUGCGAGGAGGCGUCGCCGCUCGCGGUGGCCAAGGUCUUUUGAGCGCGCAACGCGGUCGCGGUGGUGCUCGUGGCGGCCGAGGCGGUGCCACGCAAUAACCCGAUCCCACUCAGAUAAUCCUCGAAAAAGCAGAUAAUGCAACAACUCGUACAAAUGGAAUGUGAAUGUGCAAGUAAACGAUUUUUUGUUGUGAGCAAAAAAAGGCCAAAAAAGUAACUUUGGAG